AAUAUGACGAUGAUUUCGUACGACGGCGACGGCGACGGCGACGGCGACGGCGACGACAUGUCAUGUUGUACAGCGUGCUGCUUCGAAAAUAAGGAAUACGUCGAGGGAAGAAAGGAUGCAAAACGGUUUUGUUUAAAAGCAUGUUUAAAAGACGAAACCUUUCGGAAGGUGUGGAGUUACAACGGAAGCGACGACGACAGUGUUAACAACAACAACAACAACAACAACAACAACAACAACAACACCAUCGACAAUAUCUGCAGCAGGAUUAACAACGAGUCGUUGCGCGAGAAUAGAACAAAGGCAGGACGACAGUGCGACAGCGUGUUUACUUCGCUGAAUUUCUGGGGUGCCAAUAUAGUCAUAUUUGCAAACAUUAUUUACAUCAUCCCCUAUCUGAUCGUUGUACUCGUUUACUCGGCUGUUCCAGGCUUAGGUAGCCGAGCUUACGACAAAGCCGUGAUAUGUUUCAACGCUUCCCAAAUUAUCCUGAACGGUAUUUUAAUCAGCGUAGGUGCUUGCAUUCUCUGUCACUUGUCGAUUCAUUCCAACGUUUAUAUAUUUUCGGGCUUGACAAUCAUGUUUCUCACCAUAUCUUCGACUUUUUGGCUCUUCGUUAUUUGCAUCGAUAUGACAUCGGUGAUUACAAGAUUCGAUUCCACGUCGUCGAGAAACAGAACGAAUCAGCAGUCUCAAGAAAGAAAGAAAUUUUUCACGUACGCUGCUUGGACCUGGGGCGGUUCGUUGUUACCAACAGCUUUAGCUUGCGUCGCAGAAUUGUCUCCGUUACUUCCAAAAUCCUCUCCGAUCAGACCGAAUUUCCAAAGAAUUCAGGACGGUGCAAAUCUGCCCGUUAUCAUUUACGUAGCGACAUUUCCAGCUAUAACUUGUCUCGCCAAUUCCGUUCUGUUUUGUUACACGUCUUACAGAAUGAUUCUGAUACAGAGGUCGACAACGCUCGCAACUGCAAACAACAACGCAACAACGUUAAACAACGUCAACAAGGCGAGAAGAAAACGGUAUUUCCUUUUCUUCAGACUUUACCUUUUGAUGGAUACACCGUGGAUUACCAGCGCGCUUGCUGCCGCUUUCACCGAAUUAUGGGUGUUGAAAUUUUUUCGAAUGAUUCAACCGAUUCUCAUGUUACUAGCCAUUUUGCCUCCACGAACGGUUUCCAGGAUUUUCACGUGCAAUUCUGUGCUCCGCAAUCUCCGGUAGAACUCUUGU